AUGGUGCUCGAAGCAAUACGCUACAAGGAAGGCCAACUCCAAAUCCUCAACCAGCUGAAGCUACCGCACCAAGUAGAGUAUGACAAUGUCCGCUCUGCUGAAGAUGGCUGGCAUGCAAUCAAGGAGAUGCGGACCCGUGGCGCCCCUGCCAUUGCGAUAGUUGCGGCGCUAUCGCUUGCUGUUGAGCUCCAGACGAUUACGACGUCGGAUAACGUGGAGGAGGUGCUGGCGUUCAUCCUCGAGAAACUGGACUAUCUGGUCACCAGCCGCCCGACUGCUGUCAAUCUUUCCGAUGCUGCGAGGAAGCUGAAGCGUAUUGUUGAGAAUGCGGCGAAGCAUGACGGCAGUGACGGGGCGGCGGUGUCGAAGGCUUACUGCGAUGCGGCUGCGCAGAUGCUAACUGAUGAUGUUGCCGACAAUGAAGGCAUCGGCAAACAUGGAGCGGAAUGGAUCAUGAAGCAUUCCGAGGGAAGCAAAGUGAGCGUGCUUACACACUGCAACACAGGCUCUCUGGCCACUGCUGGCUACGGCACCGCACUAGGAGUCAUCCGCUCAUUACAUGCCCAAAGCUCUUUGCAGCGAGCCUUCUGCACGGAAACCAGGCCCUACAACCAAGGCUCCCGCCUCACAGCUUUCGAGCUCGUCCACGACAAAAUCCCAGCUACGCUCAUCACAGACUCCAUGGCCUCAGCAUUACUCCGCCUGAAAGGUCCAACGGAGAAGAUCGCAGCCAUAGUCGUUGGCGCGGACCGUGUAGCAGCCAACGGCGACACUGCGAACAAAAUCGGUACCUAUCAACUCGCCAUAACAGCAAAACACCACGGCAUCAAGUUUCUGGUGGCAGCGCCCCGGACGACGAUUGAUCUACAAACGCCGUCUGGCGACAGCAUCGUUAUCGAAGAGCGGCCGGGGAAGGAAGUAACCAUGAUCAAAGGGCCACGAUUCGACGGAGUGGAUGUUGAUGUCAACAGUACGGAGGUUGUGAGUAUUGCUGCCAGCGGAAUCGACGUCUGGAACCCUGCUUUCGAUGUUACGCCUGCCAGUCUGAUAGAUGGCAUCGUCACUGAAAUUGGCGUGGUGGAGAAGGGGGAGGAUGGGAAGUUUGAUCUGACUUUGGCGAUGGAAGCACAGAACGAGGGUAUUAAACCGACGAGCGUGGGAGGGCUGUGA